AUGGGUAAUUGUAAUGGUGAAAAUAAUGAACCUGUAAAAACCCGUAACCACCACCACCCCAUCUCCUCUUUCUUCCAGCAUGCCAUUGAGGGCAAGACGAAGCUGAGACUAAUCGGAGGGCGGUCGGACCAGGAGGGCCGUGUAGAGGUCAUGCUCCCUGGAAGCAAUGGCACUUGGGGACUCAUUUGUGGCGAUGGAUGGAGCCUUUUGGAGGGCAUGGUGGCGUGUCGGCAGCUGGGGAUGCACUAUGCCCAGGCAGCCUUAUCAACAGGUUAUUUCGGAGGAAAUAUGAGUAACGUGGUUAUAAGUGGCAUCAAGUGCCAUGGCAAUGAAGAAAAUCUUGACCAGUGCCUUCACGAAGACGUAGGAGAAGUAUUUUGCCCACAUCCAGGCUCAGACCCCAACAUCGCUGGAGUUACUUGUGUGUCCAAAAUAGCUGACCUGGUUCCCGAUCACAUGGAGCUGGCUCGUUCUGCACACUUGGAGGAUAAGCAGCUAUUUUUCCUACAGUGUGCAAUGGAGGAAAAUUGCCUUGCACAAUCUGCAGUCAAAGUACAGGAAACUGGCUAUGGUUGGCAUCUGGACACGAGACGUCUUCUUCGUUUCACAGCACGUAUAGUCAACCAGGGAACUGAGGCAUUCCGUCCCAUCCUUCCAAAGCAGUAUUGGGAAUGGCAUGCCUGUCACAUGCACUAUCAUAGUAUGGAAGUGUUCGCUCACUACGAUGUCAUAGACGCAGAUGGAAACAGGGUGGCCGAGGGGCACAAAGCUUCUUUCUGUCUGGAAGAUAACAACUGUGUUCCUGGGGUAGAACCAGUCUUCAAGUGUGCCAACUUUGGUGACCAGGGCAUUAGUCCUGGUUGCACAGACACCUAUGCGUACAACAUUGACUGCCAGUGGAUUGACAUCACUGACAUCAAGCCAGGCACUUAUACUUUUAAGCUGGCAAUAAACCCCGAAUUCAAAGUAGGAGAGAUGUCAUUUGACAACAAUGCUGCCGUCUGCGAGUUCAUUAAUACUUUAACAAGUGUCUGGCUUGGAAAUUGCUAUCUGACUCGACCGUAACACAAAGGCUAGAGUGAUUGUUGAUGUUUUUGUUUGUUAAACUGUACAUUCAUCUAAUUAGUAUGUUAUUUUUCUCUAUUUUGUUAAUGAAUACAUUAACAUCAAAAUGUAAUUAUCAAAAUACCUUCAUGAGAGUAAAAUGUUAUAUAUUGUAUAUAUAUAUGCAGCUAACAUUUUAGAAUAGUUGAAAUAU